CGAAACCCUCAAGCUGAUCUGUGAAGUUUAGGUCCUUUUUCUAUUUUGAACAGGCUUUUUUUCUGAAUAGUAGCAGAGUUAUAAUUUGAUUUAUGUAAUUAUAAGAGGAAACACAGCCAUGACAGCUUUAAAAUAUAUGACAGCCAGCACUUCCUCCUCCUUCACAAAAAGAUUGGCUGUAAUUCUGCAGUGCACUAGAGACCAGUCUGGGAGCUGAGGCUGUCCCAGAUCUCCUGCUGCACUGCCUGGCUAUAAACUGUUCAGGAUCAUGAAACACUGACAGUCUUCUUUGUAACAAACUUGAGCUAAAUAAAACUGACUUGAACAUUUACUAUUGCUUUUAAGUAUACGUAUGAUGAAAGGGAGGAACGGGGAAAAGUUAGAUGCAGCAUAGCCGAGGAUGUUAAUCCCACAUGUAUCCUGUUCAUAGUCUGCAGUCACUUGGGUGGUAUUUCACCGUAUCGGUGUUUCUGUCCUGAAAACAAGGUUUCACAGAGUGGUUUGAAGCACUUGCUUUUAACAGCAACGGCCACAGCAGCAAUGUCCUGGAGCGUGUGACCGAACACUGGCUGUCAGACUCGUUAAUGGGUUGAUGGAAGGAAACACACACCAGCCACUUCCCAGCUAACAAGGCGCUGGCCGUUCCUCACUCUGCUCCAUCGGCCUCUCGGGUAGCAGCUUGUUUGCCAAGGAUAUUUUGGAGGAGGCGUGGGAGGAGGGGGAGAUGCUGCUGUAUGUUCAAUGCAAAGCACUUGGCUGUGAUAGGCUGAGGGAUGUGGAUUCUCUGCCUAUAUCUGCCGGCAGCUGCAUCCUCUGCACUUUACAACUGGCACAGAGGAGCAAAGAAAGACAGUGAGAAGACAGAGGAGAAGGAAAAUCCUCAUCAGCUCACUUGUUUUUCUAAUAAUAAUUCCUAUACUGGGAUACCCAUGGAUGCUGCAGAGUUCCGCAAGAGAGGGAAGGAGAUGGUGGACUAUGUUGCAGAUUACCUGGAGAAGAUAGAUAAAAGACAGGUCUUCCCAGAUGUGGAACCAGGAUAUCUAAGGCCCCUCAUUCCAGACUGUGCACCCCAGGAUCCUGAGAGCUUUGAUGAUGUCUUUAAAGACAUUGAGAAGAUCAUUAUGCCAGGGGUGACUCACUGGCACAGUCCCUACUUUUUUGCCUACUUCCCCGCAGCCUCUUCCUUCCCAGCUCUUCUUGCAGAUAUGUUGUGUGGAGGAAUAGGAUGUGUGGGCUUCUCUUGGGCUGCAAGUCCAGCUUGCACAGAGCUGGAGACUGUCAUGAUGGAUUGGCUAGGGAAGAUGAUUAAUUUGCCUGAAGAAUUUUUAGCUGGGAAAGAUGGCCAAGGUGGAGGAGUCAUCCAGGGAAGUGCAAGCGAGGCCACCCUGAUUUCACUGCUUGCUGCAAGGACAAAAACCAUCAGACUGGUACAGUCAGAAAAGCCUGAGCUAACAGAAGCUGACAUCAUGGGCAGGCUGGUGGCCUAUGCAUCUGAUCAGGCUCAUUCGUCAGUGGAAAGGGCGGCAUUAAUUGCUGGUGUGAAGAUUAAAAAUGUUUCUUCUGAUGAUAAAUUCAGUGUUCGUGGUUCAGCCCUAAAGAAAGUUUUGGACGAAGACAAAGCUUCAGGUCUUAUCCCCUUCUUUUUCUGUGCAACACUUGGAACCACACCUUCCUGCUCCUUUGACAAACUGUUAGAACUGGGUCCUAUUUGCAAUAAGGAAAAUAUUUGGAUGCAUAUUGAUGCAGCCUAUGCUGGGAGUGCAUUCAUCUGCCCUGAAUUCAGGCAUCUUCUAAAUGGAGUAGAGUUUGCAGAUUCAUUUAACUUUAAUCCUCACAAAUGGCUCCUAGUGAAUUUUGACUGCUCUGCUAUGUGGGUGAAAAAAAGAUCAGACUUAAUAGGUGCCUUUAAACUGGAACCUCUUUACCUGCAGCAUCACCAUCACGAGUCUGGCCUUGUAACAGAUUAUCGGCACUGGCAAAUCCCCCUGGGCAGGAGGUUCCGCUCCCUGAAGCUCUGGUUUGUUCUGAGGAUGUACGGGGUCAGGGGACUGCAGAAGCACAUCCGCAAGCACAUCAGGCUGUCACAUCAGUUUGAAGAUUUAGUCCUUCAGGAUGAAAGAUUUGAGAUCUGUGCUGAGGUUGUCUUGGGACUGGUCUGUUUUCGGCUAAAGGGCUCAAAUGAACUAAAUAAGGAGCUUCUUAAAAGCAUAAAUGAGGCCAAGAAGAUUCAUCUGGUCCCGUGCCACCUGCGAGAGAAGUUUGUGCUACGUUUUGCUAUUUGUUCCCGCGUCGUGGAAUCCACCCAUGUCGAGUUUGCCUGGCAGCACAUCUCACAGCUGGCAACUGAUCUUCUGAAAGCAUGGGAGCAAAACCAUCACCAGCAGCACCAGCAGUGAAGUAGCAGUGGGGAGGAGGAAAUCAACCGGCUUUCUCUGUGUUACCAAGCUUUAUUUUAGGGGCAGGUGGGAAAGUGAAAUUGUGUAGGAAAAAAAUACAAAACCUGUUGUUAUAUAGCCCAGCUGCAGUUGCAAAACCCUUGCCAGCAAGUUGUGUUGUAGCCUUACUCAUUCCUUCUCUGUGCUGCCCUCUUUCUCUUGCCUGUUUCCAGGAUGCACAUAUUCAUGGGGGCUGGAGCUGUCUUCUUACCACUUUGUAAUCAAGAGCAUUUAUUGAAUCAGGAAAUGGAAAUGGAAGGGUCAGUGCUCCCUCCACUAAACUGUAGCACAGCCACUCCUUUCUUCACAGAUGAAACUGUGAAGUUUUGUCAAAUCUCAGCAAAUAGUUGGUUUUCACUCUGAUCGUUCCUAAUGAGGCCUCUUAAAAGCUCCUUCUUAAGAGUUUUGUCAAAUCCGUGUGCUACCUGGUAUUCCAUGUUUUAGUCAAGUUAUCAUAAGCUCUGAUUACUUGGAAAAAGCUUGUAAGCUAUGUUCUGUGAAACAGAGUUGUGACUUCUUUUCGGGGCUACCAUUCUGCUUACUUCAUUGUGUAAUAAAUCUUUUACAAAAGAUGCUAAGAAAUAAGAUUGAAAAAAUGCUACACGUUGUUUCUUAAAUCAGCUAACAAACAAGAUAACAAAUUACAAUAAAACCAGAAAUUAAGAGAACACCCAAAUAUGCUGUGGUGGCCCCAUCAGUGGUUUUCUUCCAUUAACAGUGAAGCAUGGUAUAUGAAAACGUUGAAAAACAAUCAACCUUCAGAAAAAGUCAAAAUAUAUGUACGUGACACAAACCAUUGAUAUGUCAUCCUGUCAAAGGUGGGUGUAGUAAAGAGGUGAAAAGAAAGUCAGGAACAGUGUUUGACUUUAAUAAGUACUUCUGCCAUUUUGGAAGCAUAAUUUCCAAACAGUUAUUUCUCUGUAAAGAAGAACAAAAUAAAUAGGUACUCCAAGAAAAAAUAAUCUGUAGGAACCAUUUCUACAUUUGCAUUUAUUUUCCUUUUCCCCUUUUAGGCGUCAUAUUAACUUCUACAGCAUCUUGAACAACUUGCACAAUUAUUCAACUUUCUUCCUCCCUCUCUUGCAAGUAUACUACCUACCUAUAUUUGGAAAGUUGCAUGUAGACCAUGAAACAUGGACCCAAAUGGUGGAUUUGGCACAUAGUCUGCUCCUACCCACUGUCUUUCCAGAAGGGAUUAAAGCAGCUGACUAUGGACCAGGUGCAUUUUUCUGGUGGUUCCUAAUCACCUGACUUCUGCAGUGCAAACUGGGGAAGGAUUAGUAUUAGUGUGUAUUCAACUGGUACGUAAGAGAUGUGCACAAACUCAGACACUUCUGAAAAACAGACCAAGCUCUGCAAUUCCAGCAGGUCAAGCUAUGUGACUAGUGGAGAUGGUGGCAUUGCACCCUCUGUAAGGCUAGCCAGGGGCUAUGUCCUGAGGUGGAAGGGACCCACAAGGAUCAUUGAGUCCAACUCCUAUAUAUAUAUAUAUAUAUAUAUGUAUAUAUAUAUAUAUAUGUAUAUAAAACUCCAUUAUAUAUAUAUAUAUAUGUAUAUAAAGCAUAUACAUAUAUAUAUAUAGAAAUAUAAUAAUACAAUUAUAUUCAAGCAGGUGAGUGAGCCAUUCCACAAGACACUACCCUUAGCUACCUUAUCAGAAAUUUUGACAGCAACAUUCCUUUUAGUGGAAUUAGUAUGAAAUUUAGCUAUUCUGCAGUAGCACAAUGCAACAUGUUGGUAGACACUGGCUGUUGUUAUCUUUCUUUGUUAUUAGUUUUUCUAAAGCAACAUUUCAGUUCUCAUGACUUGGGAAACAAUGUUCAUCCAUUGCAAAUAUGAUCCACACUGAUACAAUUUUACAGCUUUUACGUGAUGAAAACACUACAAUCUAGGAACCGCAGAAGAAUUACACCUUCUCUACGAGACAGACCAGUAUUUUAGAUGUGAAAUACCUAAGCAGGUCUGUCCAGGAAAAAGAAAAAAAAGUCAGAUUCUGAUCAAAGGUAUCCUAGGGUAAAUGCAGGGUAAUUCCACUGAAAAGAAAUGGGGUUGCUUUGGGCUAUAAUUGAAAUUAAGAUCAGACUAAUAAGUAUUGGAAAAUAAAUGCAUAAGUUAAGGCAACACUAAGAGGAUUUUGGUGGAAAUCCUCUCCAUGGCAACCAGAGCCUCAAACUGCUGCAGAACAGGGACGCGGGCAGGAUGCACACCCAGACCCAGGAAAGGUGAAAUGUCCCCAACAGCCCAGAAUUAGACACAGGUCCUUCUAGACAUUUGAGGGAAAAUGUUCCCAAAGCUGACAUUUAAUUAAACAUUUUUCAGGCUAUGAGUAUCAGGUUUAGAAGAGGCUGUUGUCCAGACACCAAAACUCCUUUUGGUAAAGAAUUUAGGACAAGGGUUAAUUUAAAAUAUUAUGAAUGCAGUAAAAGUUACUUUGUUUUUGAAGAAGUGCCAUAAGUAAAUCUUCUAAUAAACAGCAGUGACAAGACCCAUGGAAUUGCAUUUUGCAUGGCCAGCCCAAUACAGAAAUCUGAAGUUCACAGUUCUAGUUUUUGUGAAAUUCUGGAUGAUUUUAAUAUGUAAUUAGUGAAGGCCACCUUAGUAUUUAGUCUCUCAUACUCUCUUCUCCCCACGUGAUCGUUCAUUCAUAGAGUAGUAAUGUUAGGUCAUCUGAAAAUAAAAUCUGGGCUAUGUAAUGAACUCAAGAACAAAAGUGUUGAAAAUAAUAUUCUUGAAAGAAGAGUGCAACUGUGGUUUCUGUUCUGUAGCUUUGCAACAUGUCUGUAAGUGAGAAAUACUGUAUUUAUGAAUAGUUACUAUGUGAACCUGGAUUUAUUGUGCCUUGUGUGUAAAAGCCAAUACAGUCUGUGCCGAUUAAUACUGUUUGAUGUUAGAAAUAAUUACAAAAAGUGAGAAUUGUAUUUUAGUAGAAUAUCCACAUCUCAAGGCAGACAAUGCAGAUACUAGAGAUGGAGGGAAAAAAGCAACCUUUCAGGAACCAUACAUUUUUUUUAAAGUGGUAGAGUGCUAGUACAAUACUUACAUUCAUAAUAAUAAUGACAGAUUACUAAUAUAUUUUAUUACUAAUGGUGAAAUAUGGAAAAUAUAUGGAUUUAUGAAAGUAUUGCUAAUAUAUUAUACUCUGAACUGCAUCAUAAUUAUUUAACAGCUAAUUUUUCUUGGCUUUAUGUAAAGAUUCUGCUCAUGGAUGUUGUUUCUUGUUGUUGUCUCCCGUAAGGAUACCACAUUUGAUGAGUAGUAUUCACAGUGCUGUUGUCUUACAACAGCAGUCUAAACCUUGAGGCAUCCGUAAACUUGAAUUGCUGAAAUACAGAAGCAAAUGAGAGAUAAGUCUGAGAACUCUGAAGACCAGAAUGGUAGGGGCAGAUUUAAUAACAAUGACGACAACAACAACAGCUACAACAACAACAAUAUCUACAUAGCGUAUUUUUAGGGUGUAUGCUCUAGAUAGAAAAAUAAUCAGACUUUAGUGCCUUUUUAUUAUAAUCUGUGAGCUGUCGCGUUCCUUUGAAAUCUGUAUCCAAAGACUCUUAAACAGACGUGGGUUUUAAUUGGCAGCCUAAAUAAAUGGAAACAAAACUAUGA